AUGGCAGACAACUUCGUCGACGUCGCAAAGCAGUUUUGCGACUUCUACUACCAGACCUUCGAUGCCGACCGCAACCAGCUCGGCCCACUGUACCGCGACCAGAGCAUGCUCACCUACGAGUCGAGCUCCGUCCAGGGCGUUGCCGCCAUUGUUGAGAAGCUCGCCGGCCUUCCUUUCCAGAAAGUGCAGCACAAGAUCACCACCCAGGACCCGAUGCCCGGCAUAGCGGACGGCGGUGUCCUCGUUUUGGUCACUGGCCAGCUUCUGGUCGACGACGGUGAACACCCCAUGAACUUCGCGCAGACCUUCCACCUGAUGAAGGACCCCGCCGGCAGCUUCUUCGUUUCGCACGACAUCUUCAAGCUGGUCUACUAG